AUGGCUACACAAGACGAGGGUCCAGCGAUCGGUAUUGAUCUUGGAACAACUUACUCAUGUGUUGGAAUUUGGCAGAAUGGUCGCGUUGAGAUUAUAGCAAAUGAACAGGGCAAUAGAACAACACCAUCUUAUGUUUCUUUUACCAACAAUGGGCGUUUAAUUGGCGAUGCUGCUAAGAAUCAAGUUUCUAUGAACCCUAUCAACACUGUGUUUGAUGCAAAGAGGUUGAUUGGUAGAAAAUUCAGCGACGCCUCUGUUAGAAGUGACAUGAAGUUGUGGCCUUUUAAGGUUCGUGGUGUCGGGGACAAACCCAUAAUUGUGGUUAACUACAAUAAUAUGGAGAAGAAAUUUGCUGCUGAGGAGAUAUCUUCCAUGAUUCUUGUUAAAAUGCGUGAAAUAGCAGAAGCCUACAUCGGCUCACCAGUAAAAGAUGUUGUUGUGACUGUGCCGGCAUACUUCAAUGACUUUCAGCGUCAGGCGACAAAAGAUGCCGGUUUGAUUGCGGGUAUGAAUGUCAUACGUAUUAUCAAUGAGCCAACAGCAGCUGCCAUUGCCUAUGGUCUUAACAAAAGAGACACAAUUGUUGGUGGAAAAAAUGUUCUUGUAUUUGAUCUUGGUGGUGGGACUUUUGAUGUUUCUCUUCUUAAGAUUGAAGAAGGAAUUUUUGAGGUGAAAGCUACUGCUGGAGAUACCCAUCUUGGAGGUGAAGAUUUUGACAAUAGAAUGGUGGCCUAUUUCAUACAAGAGUUCAAGAGGAAGCAUGAAAAAGACAUCAGUAACAAUCGAAAAGCAAUAAGAAGGCUGAGAACAUCUUGUGAGAGAGCAAAGAGAACGCUUUCUUCCACCAGCCAAACUAGCAUUGAAAUUGAUUCUUUAUUUGAAGGUAUCGACUUUUACUCUACAUUAACAAGGGCAAAAUUUGAGGAGCUCAACGUGGAUCUCUUCACAAAAUGCAUGGAGCCGUUGGAAAAGUGUUUGAGAGAUGCUAAAAUGGACAAGAGCGAUGUUCAUGAUGUUGUACUCGUAGGUGGAUCAACUAGAAUUCCCAAAAUACAACAACUAUUGCAGGAUUUUUUCAAUGGUAAGGCGCUUUGCAAAGGCAUCAACCCUGAUGAGGCAGUUGCAUAUGGUGCGACUGUGCAAGCUGCAAUCAUGAGUGGUGAAGGUAAAGUUGAGAAGGUUCAGGAUUUACUACUAUUGGAUGUCACUCCACUUUCUCUUGGGAUAAGAAAUUCAAAGGGAGUUAUGGAUGUUUUAAUCCCAAGAAACACUGCCAUCCCCACCAAGAAAGAAAGGAUAUACACAACUGGUUACAGUGGACAGACACUUAUGACAAUUUCUGUGUACGAGGGCGAAAGAUUAACACCGAGAGAGAACACAUUGUUGGGUAGAUUUGAGCUCUCAGGCAUCAGUCCUGCGUUAAUGGGAGUGCCGGAUAUAAGCAUAUGUUUUGAGAUUGAUAACAACGGAAUAUUGGUUGUCUCUGCCGAGGAGAAGCUAACGGGAAACAAGAACAAGCUCAUAAUCUCUAAUAGCUACAAAAGCAGGUUAUCUAAGGAGGAAAUUGAGAGGAUGAUCAAGGAGGCGGAUAAGUGCAAACUAGAAGACGAGGAGUAUAAGAAGAAAAUGGAGGCUAAAAUUGCGUUGGAAAACUACGCAUAUGACAUAAGGCAAAGACUAUAUAGUCACUCAAAUAUCGAUCCAGAAGUGAAGAAGAAUAUUGCAGAUGAGGUUGGGAAAGUUAUUCACUGGAUUGGGAGUGAGAACCAGCUCCAAAGUCAUGAAGAAAUUGAGAAAAAGAUGAAAAAGCUAGAGAAGCUCUGUGAUCCUAUAUAUGGCAAAGAUGUAGCCGGGAGUUGA